CUGUCCUGUCCCCCCCUUGUCAUAUUGUAUGUAUUGUAUGUUGGACAGGUUGAUGGCUAAUUUCAUGGUACUUGUGACCAGUGACAAUAAAGGCUACUACUACUACUAAUUUCUUAGUAUUUGUAUAAUCAGUACAAUAUAGCAGCUUCUCCCUAACUCAGGCUCAUAGCCAUGCUAGCACAGAUUAGCAUCAACUAAUUAAUCAGCUCCUUGAAUUGCUAUGUAACAACGUGAUGGUAAGUACAGACCCUUAAAGAUUUGAUCCAGUGCUUCCUUAAACAGAACUUGAGUAUUUCACCAGUAGGGGGCACUGAAGAGCUUUUUCAGAACUAUUACCCGCAUAGAAAAAAGUUAAAAUUAGUCAUUUUAAGUCAGAAUAACUUUCAAAAUAACUUUUAAAGAAUUUGGUUCUUUAGACAGUCUAGACUAGACAGCCUUCCUGCCAAUUUGGACUGAAUUGUGUCCCAGAGUAAAGUUUGGAGAGAAAGGAAUUGAAGAGGAGGUGAAUCUCUUUCCCAUUCAGUUGUCUAGGCUUGUUCCAUUCUGGUCUGCUUUGUUUUUAUCCAUUUUUUUUUUAUUUAUGCAUCUAUAUACACAUGUUUUUGUUCAUGAUCAUGUGAAUUAAUUGGUCUGUGUGUGUGUGUGUGUGUGUGUGUGUGUGUGUGUGUGUGUGUGUGUGUGUGUGUGUGUGUGUGGUGUCAGGUGCUGCUGUUGAAGAGGUGGGCUGUGAUUCGGGACUCAGUCACAUACAUGCUGUCUGUUGUGGCACUGAUUGGUAUUACCCAUGAUGGGAAGAUCGUAUGGUGGGAAAGUUUGCUGUUGGUGGUCAUGUAUGUGGGAUACAUUUUGAUCACGAUAUUUAACUCCCACAUACAGACUUUUUUCGGGAUCGAACCAUCAAGUGGACACGAGCGAGAGAACGACAAUGACAUUCAGCUGAGGGGGGUGGAGGAAGAGAGCAACACUGGGGAUGCGGACUUGUCCACGGACGAUCCGGGUGAGGGGACAAUCAAGGACCAGUGUUGCUCUCUUCCUCGACAUUCAGCUGAGGGGGGUGGAGGAAGAGAGCAACACUGGGGAUGCGGACUUGUCCACGGACGAUCCGGGUGAGGGGACAAUCAAGGACCAGUCAAAGGAGUCCACGGACAAUCUGGGCAAGGGGACAAUCAAGGACGAUGCAAAGGAGUCCACGGACAAUGGAGAGCUGACCUCACCGUUCUCUAUACCAAAGGGCUGUAUGAAGAAGGCCAAAUGGCUGGUCUCAUGGCCUCUGCUGCUUCUGCUUUUCUUCACCAUCCCAAACUGCUCCAGAACUCGCUGGGAGAAGUAUUUAAUAGUGGUGUUCCUCCUCAUUUCGACGGUUUGGAUUGCGGUCUUCUCCUACCUUAUGGUGUGGAUGGUGACCAUCAUCAGGUACACGUUUGGCAUUCCCGAUGUUAUUAUGGACAUCACGGUCCUGGCAAUCGGCACUAGCAUCCCAGAUUUCUUCACCAGCCUGACUGCUGCUCGCCAAGAUCUGGGUGACAUGGCUGUGGCUAACAGCAUCGGCAGUAAUGUGUUUGACAUCCUGGUGGGACUUGGAUUGCCGUGGGCUCUGAAGACGAUAGCCAACGGCUCAGUGGUGAUGAACACUCAAGGGUUUGUGUACUCUGCCUUGCUGCUGCUUGGCUCCGUUGCUCUCACUGUGGGUGAUUCUACACACACACACACACACACACACACACACACACACACACACACACACACACACAGAUACACACUUGAUUUUACUGACACAGUAGAAAAGCUGCUCUACUGAAGCUUGACUUUAUCUUAAACAUGUAAACAGCAAACUUUAUUAGCUCUCAUAAGACACUGCUGCAGUUGUCAAGUGCAACCAAUGUCCUGGUGUAUGGACAGUACACUUAUAAAUGACUCUUCAAACUGGUGUAUAGCUGCUUUUAUAGUAAACCCCAGGGAAUAUGGCUUGUAGUGCAAGCAUGAGUCUUAUAUUAUACUUAUAUUAACUUAUUUAUGUAUUCAAACUUUCCUGAAUGCUUAAGCAAACAGAUCAGAGAUAGAUUUGAUAACUUUAUGGGUGUGGCCUAAUAUUCUAAUCACCAUGCUUGAUUGACUGGUUAUAACUGAUGAGGUUAAAGUUUGGACUGCUAAAAUGUGCUUGUACUUGAAUGACAAUUUGCACAGACUUAUAAUAACUGGAUAAAAGUUGAAGCUUUUUAUUAGCAUUUUGUUAAGGAGCAAUGCAGCCCUGUUUAGCCAAACCAAACCCUGUUUCAUGUCUUGUUAUGGAAUAAUUCUCUCUGAUUCUGUGCGUUUCAACAAACUACUUUGUACCUUUGAAUAAAUGCUGAACAUUAGAAGGAAUUUGAGGAUAAACUGAUGUGUUGCGUUGGCGUGUAAGUGUACGUAACAGAGCUCUUCUUUUUUAAUUGUAGUGAAAUGCUGUAAAAUUUAGUGCAAUGACGCGUAUGAAGCUAAUUAAAGCUGUUCAUUUAAACAUAACACUGUAUGUAUGAACAGUAUGUCUUCUUCUUCUUCUUCUUAUAUCUAAUAGCUCUGAAUUAUUAAUCGAGUUUAUUCCUGAUUGUAGUU